AUGCCUAGAGGAAGAAGCUGUCUGAGCUGUGCUGACAUGGAGGAGGGCAGGUACGAGACGCCGCCAGCUUCAGAGCUCCAGAGACUGCUAUGGGUGCGAUCUGGGCCAAGUGGCCAUCUCGAUGAGGUCAGACCAGGCAUAUACAUAGGAGACAUGUACGCAGCCAAAGAUAAGAGGACUCUUCAGGCCCUGAAUAUCACCCACGUCCUCAACGCGGCUCACGGGAAGUUUAAUGUGAACACGGGGCCAAGUUAUUACAGGGACACCAAUAUCAUCUACCAUGGGGUGGAGGCAUUCGACAUGUCAUCCUUUGACAUGAGCCCAUUCUUCUAUUCUGCUGCUAAGUUCAUUAAGAGUGCUAUGAGCACACCUGGAGGGAAAGUGUUUGUGCACUGUGCUAUGGGCCUGAGCCGCUCUUCCACCUUAGUGCUGGCCUACCUGAUGAUCCAUGAAGACAUGACUCUGCCGGAGGCCAUCAAAGCUGUAGCACAGAGCAGGAACAUCUGCCCCAACCCUGGCUUCCUGGAGCAGCUUCGCCAACUUGACCAACAACUCCACUGCCAAGGCAGAGUGGGCACUGCUGAUCCAGUGAAGACACAGAAAACUACAGCUGUCGCUCCAGAAGCAGACGACAUAGAGGACCCAGACGACGUGGAGGACGUGGAAGAAGACCCCGGACGCAUAGGACAUAGAGGAGUUCUAAGUGGUGCCUGUGAGUCUCUGAUCAAAACUGGACGUAAUCAUCCUUUGCGGGGCUCAAAGAGGAUGUGA